CCGGAGCAUCGCUGCCGUCCCCGCGCGUUCUCUGUGGAGCCGGCGCGCGCUGCCCCGCCGCGGGAGGACCAUGAGUCGCGCCGUGCUGGCCUGGCUGGUGCUCUGCGGGGGCCUGGCCGUGCCGCGCCGCGCCCGAGGGGAUGUGUGUGACUCCAACCCAUGUGAAAAUGGUGGCAUCUGUCUUUCGGGAUUAAAUGAUGACUUCUAUUCAUGCGAAUGUCCUGAAGGCUUCACAGACCCCAAUUGUUCUAGAGCUGUGGAGGUUGCCUCAGAUGAAGAGGAACCAACUUCAGCAGGACCUUGCAUUCCUAAUCCAUGUCAUAAUGGUGGGACAUGUGAAAUUAGUGAAGCAUAUCGAGGUGAUACAUUCAUAGGAUAUGUUUGCAAGUGUCCAGAGGGAUUUAAUGGGAUUCACUGCCAGCACAAUGUAAACGAAUGUGAAGCUGAACCUUGCAAGAAUGGUGGAAUUUGUACAGACCUUGUUGCCAACUAUUCCUGUGAAUGUCCAGGUGAAUUCAUGGGAAGAAAUUGCCAACACAGAUGCUCUGGCCCUCUAGGAAUAGAAGGAGGAAUUGUGUCAAACCAGCAAAUUACUGCGUCAUCCACUCAUCGAGCUCUUUUUGGACUCCAGAAAUGGUAUCCAUACUAUGCACGACUUAAUAAGAAGGGUCUUGUAAAUGCUUGGACUGCUGCAGAAAAUGACAGAUGGCCAUGGAUUCAGAUAAACCUGCAGAGGAAGAUGAGAGUCACUGGUAUUCUAACUCAAGGUGCCAAGAGGAUUGGAAGUCCAGAAUAUAUUAAAUCUUACAAAAUUGCAUAUAGUAAUGAUGGGAAGUCAUGGACAAUGUACAAAGUAAAAGGCACAAAUGAAGAUAUGGUAUUCCGUGGAAAUAUAGACAACAACACUCCUUAUGCCAACUCCUUCACACCACCAAUAAAGUCACAGUACAUACGGCUGUAUCCUCAGGUUUGCAGAAGGCACUGUACUUUGAGAAUGGAACUUCUUGGCUGUGAAUUAUCAGGUUGCUCGGAACCCCUGGGGAUGAAAUCAGGACACAUACAGGAUUAUCAAAUUACUGCCUCCAGUGUUUUCCGAACUCUCAACAUGGACAUGUUCACUUGGGAACCUAGGAAAGCCCGGCUUGACAAGCAAGGCAAAGUUAAUGCCUGGACCUCUGGCCACAAUGACCAGUCACAGUGGUUGCAGGUUGACCUGCUUGUCCCUAUGAAAGUCACUGGCAUAAUUACUCAAGGAGCUAAAGAUUUUGGUCAUGUCCAGUUUGUGGGUUCCUACAAGCUUGCCUACAGUAAUGAUGGGGAGCACUGGACCAUAUACCAGGAUGAAAAACAGAAGAAGGAUAAGGUCUUCCAGGGAAAUUUUGACAAUGACACACACCGAAAGAAUGUCAUCGACCCUCCAAUCUAUGCUCGGCACAUAAGGAUCCUACCAUGGUCAUGGUAUGGCAGGAUCACCUUACGGUCAGAGCUGUUGGGCUGCACAGAGGAGGACUGACACAGAUUCUUGUUAGGCAUCACAACUCUCUAUAUCCCCAAAAGUCUCUCCAUAGAAGAAACUGUGCAAAACCUAUAGGAAGCUGAAAGGGUUUUUCAUGAACAAGUGCUAACUUUAUGGUAGGCCGCUAACUGUCUUUCACAACGAGGUCUAAGCCUGCCCUUUAAAUGAUCCAAUCUGAUUUUGUCUUUUAACUCUGUUACAAUGUUGUCCCCUUUGCUGUGGAAUUAUAUUUCUAGUUUCCUUUUAAGUUGUUCACACUGGUUGAAAUGUGUUAGGGAAAAACAGCAGCAUCCUUUUUACAAGGAAAGAGAAAUAGCAUGACAAAGCUAAUUUACAGCUUUAGAAACACUGGGCUGACAAGUUCUCCAUAAAUCAUACUGUCAUCUUACUUGCAAAAAGUGAUACUGCAGCUUUUAGCAAUAAGUUUUCUCUGGGAUGACUGCAUUAUAAAAAUUGUUUCCCUUGUGCCUAUCAGACACUGUCAGAAUGACAUAUAUUUAGAAAGAUACUCCGUGGUACUAUAAAAAUACCAUACCUGUGAUAUUGCAAGCUACCUUUCAUUACAUUUGUCUAAACUACAGAGUCCAUGCAACUGAGGGUUUCUUAAGUAACCUCAUUUUUCUCCCCUAUUUUGCAUGCUGUGGACAUAAUCUCCAUCUUUUCCAUUUAGUAUCACUCUUAUUUUCCUUUUAAAGAGGUAGUCUGUCUGCAGAUGGAACAAAAUCUGCUAUCAGUGUAUUAUGAAGUUAAUACAUUUGUCAAAGUUUUUAAAUUCUGCUUGAGAUUUACUUUUUUUUUUUCCCCCGGGGAGGCUGAGAUUAGACUCCAGGGUACUUGUGGUAUCUCGUCCUAAGUACUCAUGUGGAGACAGGCRCUUGAUGUAGCAUGAAUCUUGAGCCCAUUUUGUGCAUUGCCCACGAGUGUGCACACAACCCUAGAUGGAGCUGCCUGCCUGGUUACUUCAGUCAGAAGCCUCCUUCAUUCCUGUGAGGAGGAAACUGUGGGAUGAAGCACUUAGGUGCUAAAAGAUAUCUGUAAGGAGCAUCAACCUUACUCCCACGAGGCACCUCGUUAGGCUCUUUUCGUGACGCCUGUCACAGAGAUCCUCCCAAACAGGAGUGCGACAGAGGCUGUAGGAAUUAGUAAAAGCUAGGCUCUUGGAAUGCACUCCUGGCCACGUCUUUUUGGAGCCACAUAGAGGCUGAUUGUUGUCAUGUCUURGCUACAGAAACAUUUUGUGUGUACUACAUUGUUUUAACAACAUGUUUUAGGGUAUCAAAAGUAGAUUUAAGAGAAAAAAAUGCAGACCAGUUUGGAGAACAUGAAUAUGCCAGGGCUAUAGUAAGUACAGAGCAUUCAACAGGCGGCCCAGGCCCCACACAACAGUGAGUGGGAGCAAUAGGCAGCAGAUCCCUCGCUGCAGCAGCUGCCGGGCUCCCCAGCAGCGUGGCAGGUAACUCACUCACAAGCUUCUUCAUCAAGGCAGCUUCUGGGACUGUGCAGAUUAGCAGGUCUCAGCUGGCGUACAGGAGUCAAGAGAGUGCAUUUUAGGCACAGUUCUGGGGUUUAUUUGUCAUGCAGUCUUGGGCAAGUCACUUCUCUGUGUCUUGAUKUCACUGUGACAGGGAGAUAGUGAUACCUGACUCGUAAAGCACCUGAAGUUCCUGGAAGUGCUGUGUGAAGGCCAGAUUUUGCUAUCGUAGCACCUGAAUCUUAAAAAUUACUGGAGCCAAAGGUUUAGGGACUGAUUUAUCUGAGUAAAUGGCAUGAAAUAUUCUUAUUGUCAUUAUUUUAAUUUCAUAACAUGCUGAUGUAGAUAUAGAGGGCUGCAUAGUUUAGCAAACGUUGCUGAAUUUAUUUGUUGUCACCACUAUGUUCUCACUGAAACCAAAGUUCUGAAGUAUGAACCUGAGCCCUGCUUCCCAGAUAAACAGCUAGCUGGCCCACRGUAUGCAAAGGGCAAAGUUUACUUUGGAAAAAAAAAAGUUUGGAUUUCAAAACCUGCAUUUAAUCUCACAUUCUCCACCACAGACAAAACAUAGUCCAUGUUACUGUGAAAGAUUCCAGAGUAACAGCCAGGAAUUUUCCAAACAAGAAUAUGAGAUUGAUUUGCAGAGGUUUUCUGAUAGUGUCACUUAAAUUGCUGUAUUUUAAAACAAAAAGCAUUCUGAUUCUAUAAAAUGACUUAGUCCUUAAACUCUAUUUAUACAAGUACUUAUUUUAUAAGGCUUAGACAUUUAAAGGCGUAAGACUUUUAAGGAAGAGUCUUAUAAUGGUAGAAGGUAAAAGUAUGUGUGAGAAAAGUUGAGGUCCUGUGCAACACUGCUCAGUUUGUUUUUCUUUAUUUUUUACUUUGUACUGCAUAACAAAAGCCACUAGACUGUUACUGUCUUGUCUGUAAACUGUGUUAACAGCAUUCCUUAAUGAUGUAUAUAUGAAGUGGUCUUCAAGCGUAGUGAGCAAUUUUAAAGAGAAAGUCAAUCAUGAUGGUAUUUUUGAAGAGCAAAAAAAUUCUAAAUAAUGGAGGACAGGUGUAUUCUUAAAUUGCUUUCUGCCUGUAUGUCACACUUCAGACUCUCCUCCCUCCAAAAAAAAAAAAAAAACCAAAUCUGAAAUAUUAACCUUUUUUGGGAGGGCACAUAAUUAGAGAGUCCAAGACCAUUUUCCUGUUUUGGGAUCACAAUUGGCCAUGCAUUUGAAUAAUGACACAUAAACAAUCUACUUGACUACGCCAAAAAUGUAAGGCCAUCCCUAGUUCAGCAGUUUGUUUUAAAGGUGUUGUCUGAUAUUUGUUAUGUAUUCUUCAGUGAUAUAUUUUCAUGUUUAUUCAUCCUUUGCAACUCCAGAAUGAUUUUGAUUAAUGCUUUGGUUUAGUAAGAUAGCUGUUCAUCUGCGUAUUAAUUAGUGUUGUCUUGCUACCUAAUGCAGUCAUUCUGUUUUGUAAUACAAUUUAUAGUUGAAUAUUUUCUUUUUUUUUUAGUUUUGUUCUUAGUUGUGUUUCAUUUGUCAGCAUCCUUGAGAAUCUGAAAAUAAGGUUCUGGACAUUGUGAUAGCAAUGUAAUGACUGCUAAAAGAAUCAUAUAUAUGUUACCGUUAUUUUUUCAACUGAUAUACUGGGGCUUUUUUAAUGAUAUAAUACAGUUAACAAAAAGCUUUCUUUAGAUGGCAUUGUGCAGCGGUACUGAAUUCUGUUCCUAAUAUCUGAAAUAACUCUCGAUUUCGAUGGGAUUAUUUCAGAUUUAAUAAAACAGAUGAGAUGCACAUGUUGCCCAUGGUUAAGAUUAUUUCCUUUAAUUUUAUUUUUUCAUUGCCUGAAAAUCUUUGGGACAAAUUCUAAAUUUACACUACUGUAUUCUCCUGAUGAAUGCAACUGGCAUUCCUAACAUAGAAAGAGUAUUGGAGUUCUACCUUUAAUAGCGGAUGGAAAAACAGUCUGAAAUAAUCCUCAAAUUAUGUGUUAAUUGUUGCAGUGACAUUGAACAAGAGUGAAAAUGUUCUCCUAAUUAAAAUCCACCUUGAGCCAGUUAAGUAUUUGUAGGCAGACUUCACCUUUCUCGAGCUCUAUUAUAUACUGCUUCUAUAGCUUAAAAAAUAAAGGCACAAGGCUUAGUUUUAUCUGCCUUCUACUAAGGGCUUACUCYAUUAACUGGUUCUGAUUUUGAGGUUGACUUUCUCUUUUGGAAUGGCUGCAUACAAAUUAGUGUGAGUUUUGAAGACUAAGGAUACUAAAUGGGUGUAUCUUUGCUAUACAACAAAUAUGAACUCUAAUAUUCAGUGCUGGCUUCUGAUGUGUCAGUAAGUACAGAAAUAUCUCAGACACAAUGACCUUUGCAACCUUUCAAGCUGUGUAAUAUUCCA